AUGCUGAAAAGAGCUCGUGCCUCUACUCCCCCGCCCGCGUCGUCGACGCCGGACUUGUUACCAAUGCUGCCCGAUGAGCCCUCGGCGCGCCACACCAUGAAACGGCGCCGUGUGCUCCCGCCGUCGCUCGAUGGCUCCACGAGGGGCAUGAAUUAUUCUCAUGCUCCCAUCCUUCAGCAGCCUGAUGAUGACGGCGAGGAAUAUAUGGACAACGAAGAUGACGAACGGGACCGGGUGCGGAUCCCGGUGCCUCAAACCUACAAGGCCGUCAACUCGCUGCUUCACGACCUGCACGCUGAGCACCAACAUCGUCUACUCUGGUCCUCGCCCUCUCCUUCGACGCCAUACGCGCCGGUGCCGACCUACUCGUACCCGGCGUCGGCGGCGGCAGUGGCGCAGCACCACAUUGCGCAGACCGCGCGGGCGCAUCUGCCACAGGCUACUCCGCCAUACAGUGUAUCUAUGCGCUCCAAGCAAGUCGCAGACGGGCAGCUACUGACACCACCUCCUUCUACCUCCCAUGAGGAGGGCACGGCAAUGCAAUACGAGGAUACGAAUAGGCUUCUGCGAGAGGCGUUCCUCAGUCGUAGACGACAGCUCUCUGGUUCAUGA